AUGGAAGGUGCGCGUGUUAAAUCUACUAAGCCAUAUGCGACCGGAAAAUCACGUCCGAAGAUACACAUGUUUGAGCCAUUAGAAAUGCGCAUCCAAAUGAAGGCCCGUACUGUCCUGGUCGUACCGGAUGUCCGCCGGACAGGAAUUCCGGGUCACCAGGGUCGUUUUGAACGGGACUGGACAGUGUUCGGACAAGUAGGGUUGGCAUCGGACUUCCUCAGUCAGAAGUCGUACAAACAUUGA